CCUGUUAAUAAAAACAACUAAACACGGGUUCUUUCGCAUUGUAGGAUAUUAAGACUUUAUUCAGCGACGGCAACUUUCACGUGUAGACGCAGCUGUUUUGUCUGGUGAUCUUUUAAAAUCCCUGACGGAUGUAAAGCACCAGUUUACGUUACUCCGCUUCGUUACAAUUGGUCGGCAGCGCGCGCACUUGCGUCGCUGAAACACUUCCAGUAAAAUACGUAAUACCUUGACCGAGCUGAAAAUUGUUACAUUUAUUCAAAGAAGACAUUGCAACCCCGAAGGCAUGGACAGGCGAGAAGGUGAAGAAUGUCCCCGGAGAAAUGCUGAUGCAGCGCAGGAUCGUGAUGUCAACUCAUCCUCACCUGUCAUUGCUGCUUUCAAAGUUUUCCAACAGGAGCUUGACACCAAACAUGACAAACAUGAGCGGCUUGUUAAGAUCAGUCGGGACGUCACCAUCGAAAGCAAGAGGACCAUUUUUCUUUUACACAGAGUGACCAGUGUCUCUAAUACAGACGAUAUUCUGAAAGAAGCCGACGUGAAACUGGAUGCGGUCCGGCAGAAGAUUGGUCAAAUUGCUGAAGAACUCAGAGGAGAGGACAUCUUUCAGUUUCACAGAGCUUUCACACCUGGAAUCCAGGAGUAUGUGGAGGCCGUCACGUUCCUGUACUAUAUCCGCCAUCGCAGCCUCAUCAGCCUGGAGGAGAUCAACGCCAUGCUGGUGUUCAUGGGAGGAGAGCAGGAAGAGCUGAAGGGCUCGGUCGAGGCGGUCCUGACCUUCCAGGUGACGCCCGCCGACUACCUGCUGGGUGUGGCCGACCUGACCGGAGAGCUGAUGCGGCUGUGCAUCAGCAGCGUGGGCAACGGCGACAUUGACACGCCCUUCCAGGUGAGCCAGUUCCUGCAGCAGAUCCACGACGGUUUCUCUUACAUCGGUAACACGGGCCCAUACGAGGUGUCCAAGAAGUUGCACACACUGCGACAGAGCCUGGGCAAAGUGGAGGACGCCUGCUACGCGCUGCGCGUUCGCGGCUCGGAAAUCCCCAAACACAUGUUGGCCGACGUGUUCUCCAGUAGAACCACACACCUCGAACCCGAGGAAGGAGUGGUUUAAGCCUUGGGAACAGUGUUCAUGUUCUCAAGGCGCCAUUGUCCGCUUUAGUUGUGCUCCAGUUUGAUGUUUGUAUGUAUUUUUUAACGGGGCUUGACAGAUGUUGAAUGUGGUUUGUGACAUGCUUGUUAAUGUUUUUAUUAUUAGAAUAAAAGCAGCGUUUCAAUAGGCAAUAGAUUGUUUUUCCUUUGAUAAAGAUCCAAUAACUUCAGUUGUUUUGCAUGAAUAAAAAAGUUCUGUGCCAAAUAUGC